AUGCGUUUCCCUUCGCUUUCCCUAGUUGCUUGUCUUCUUCCGGCUGUUCUAGCUGCCCCUACCACUGAAGGGAAGAAAGACAAGCGAUCAUUCGAGAUUCGUGAUGGAGUCAAUCAUACUGUCUUCUAUCAUGCCGCCACCGAUGCUACACUUGCAUUUGUUACAAACUCUGGCAUUUGCGAGACUACGCCAGGUGUGAACCAGUAUUCCGGAUAUUUGACUGUCGGAACUGGCAUGAAUAUGUGGUUCUGGUUCUUUGAAAGUCGAAACAGUCCAACCACCGCACCACUAGCGACAUGGUUCAACGGAGGCCCUGGGUGUUCUUCUAUGAUUGGGUUGUUCCAAGAGAAUGGUCCAUGUCAAUUCUACAACGGGGCAUCAACUCCAUCUCUCAACCCAUACAGUUUCAACGAAUUCGCAAACAUGAUCUACAUUGAUCAACCGAUUGGGGUAGGCUUCUCCUACGGUACAGAUUCUGUGACUUCCACUGUUACCGCUGCUCCGUACGUCUGGACACUUCUCCAAGCUUUCUAUGCCUCCUUCCCCGCCUACGAGAAUCGCGACUUUGGUAUCUUCACAGAAUCCUAUGGUGGACAUUAUGGACCAGAAUUUGCAUACUAUCUCGAACAACAAAAUGCCAAGAUUGCGGCUGGCACUAUUGCUGGUGAAAAAAUUGAUCUCGUUGCUUUAGGUAUCAACAACGGAUGGUAUGAUCCUAUCAUCUCCUAUAAGGCAUACGUCGACUACUCCUACAAUAACACAUACAAACCACUCAUCACCGCUGCUCAACACACAUCCUAUCUCAAUACAUAUACCAAGUCAUGUCUUCCUCUUUUGAAAGAAUGUACAUCGACCACUGGUACCAACUCAGCUUGUGUAAAUGCUGAUGAUGUUUGUUACGAUGAUAUCGAGGGGCCACUUUCAAAUGGCAACUUUGAUGUUUACGAUAUUAGAGAGCCAUCGAAUGAUCCAUAUCCACCAGAGACUUAUGUUGCAUAUUUGCAAAGCGCAGCAGUUGUGAAGGCCAUUGGUGCCAAAUCUACCUAUUCUGAGUGUCCAGAUGCUCCUUAUGAGAAAUUUGCUGCUACUGGAGAUGAUUCAAGAUCUUUCCUCUCAACUCUCUCUACAGUCGUUCAAUCCGGUAUUCAAGUCCUCAUCUGGGCUGGUGACGCUGAUUGGAUUUGCAACUGGUUCGGUGGUCUUGCAACCGCCAAUGCUAUCACCUAUGCUAGCUCCGCCGCUUUCAACGCUGCUGCCGUUGCAAACUAUAAUGUAAAUGGUGUUGCUGGAGGAACCUUCAAGACUGUUGGUAAUUUGAGUUGGUUGAGAGUCUUCGGGGCUGGUCAUGAAGUUCCUUAUUAUACCCCUGCUUUGGCGUUGCAAGCCUUUAAGCAGACUAUGAGCAAGAAGCCUCUUUCUUCUACUUAA